AUUUAAUGAUAAAUCAUAAUAAAUGAUAAGAAAGUCAUGCAUAUUAUAAUUAUGAUUAAUAUGAAUGAAUGAAUGAUUAACCAAUGACUCAAAUUCUGCCAAAUAUAACAAUAUUUAAUCUAGAUCUUUAUUAAUCUGUAGACAUGGAGACUAGACACUAGACUUGACUAGACUCUAGACUUGAAUAGACUUACUUAUCAUGACUUAUGACUUAUGAUAGGUACUUUGACAAAAAAUUCAAAAUAAACAUAGGCCUAUCAUAUAACAGCAGAAACUAUCUAGUUAAUAAGUUAUCUAGAGCUUGCUGAGAGGUUUACAUUGAUACCAAAUUUCUUUCUGUGUUAUAUAGGAUUAUAGGAGUAAAGUUAUAUAUAUGUCGUUUUAUGUGUAGAAAAAUGGUAGAUGACUAAAGAAAAUGUAAAAAAAACUGAUCGAAAAAAUGAAUUUUCGUCUUUAUCUCAUCAUAACUUAAUAACCAUAAUAGAUAGAAGCUUGAAAUUUAUAACACAGCUACCCCAUUAUAUGAUUUUUAAUUUGAUUGUUUCAUCUCACAUACAGCUUACAUUCAUUCACAGCUAAUCCAAUGGUACACAAAAUAUAAAAGGAAAUCAGCUUAUUAAGGCAAGUUUGGGCUCAUUCUGAUGAUGUUAAAUGAAGUCACUCCAUGAUGUAGCGACGUGUGGCGCCAGACAUUAGCAAUUCUCGUUGAUAAUAUGAAUCUAGACUUACAUUUAUGAUUAUGAAGUCAUGAAUGCUGAAUCGUGUGAAUGGAUUUUAAACUACCAAAAUGACUGGUAAUUCUGGUGCUGUGCAAGAAAACUUUGAGACUGAUACAUCUAAAACCAAUCUAAUAACCCCACAGACACAAUUAACAACACAGUUAUCAUUUCCCAAUGAUUCAGAAGUAGAAACAAAUCAAACAUUUUCUAAUGAUGACAGUAGUUUUAGUAUAACAGAUACCAUAGCAGCUAUUGUUUCUGCAAUACUAGCACUUGUGUUUCUCAUUAUGAUUGUUUGCCUCAUCCAAGUCAUCAAGAGACGAAGACAAGAACGGCAAGGAAAUAGGCUAAACAGACAAGUUGUUCAUACUAUAACAUCUCAAACAUUUGGAGCUAAUUUAGGUGCCUACCAACAUGUGCCUAUUUCAAAUACUUUCAGUUGGGAGAGUGUUACAUCUAAUCAGCCAACACCCUUAUCAGCUGAUGUGGUAGAUGAAGCAGAAUCAGCUGAUCACUUAUCAGGAAGAACAUCAUGUAUUUCACUGUCAUCUGAAUCAGUGUUAGUUACAGCCAUUCUUCAUCCCAACCCACCCUCAGCAGGAAUAGAUGGGUCUGUAAAUCACCAUCCUUCAUCUUAUAGAGACUCGUCUUUAAAAGUUGACUCAACUGACUGGCUUGCAAACUCUUCCAUUAUGUCAGCCCCCACCUCUAUACAUAUACUGUCUAAUUCUAUGCACAACAGAAUCUUAUCAGAUGCUUCAAGCUUAACAGAUGAAAUUAACUCUGACAACGUUGAUGUCUCUAAAGUACCAUCAACAAGUUAUGGAUGAGAAUAAAGACUUUAAAAUAUAUUUAAGUGAACAACUUUUCAAAUAAAAAAAUGUAAAUACAAUUUUAUAUAUUUAUUUGUAAAAGUUUGGAAAAUAUUGAACUAUUAUUUCUUUUGAAGAUCUUUUCUCAACAAAGUAGUUUUUCUAUUUCUAUUUUGACACACUCAUUUCUAAGAAGAACAGCUGAUAAAAUCUAGUUGAUCUCCUAAUAAAAAUGAAUCUAACUAAUCAUUUAUAAU